AUGUUACCGUUUGCAUGGCCGUAUGCUGAAGAGCAAGAGAUUGGGUAUUGGGGUAAACCGCUGAGUACAAUUGACUGGUGCGAACUAAACUAUGCUGUUACUCCCUAUAUUGCUGAAGCUGUCAAUACUGUGACAAAUGCCGCAUUUAUAGCACUCGCAUUACUUGCGGUUUACCAAGCCCAAAGUAACCAUUUAGAAAAGAGGUUUAUAGUUACUGCAUUUGGAUUCUUGUUGGUUGGUAUCGGUAGUUGGUGUUUCCAUAUGACACUUAGGUAUGAGUACCAGUUAUUGGACGAGUUGCCUAUGCUAUAUGCCACAAUUGUGCCGUUUUGGAGUAUCUACAGCUCAUUCAAAACUAAGAAACAGUCUUUGAUGAUUGGAAUGGGUAUUUUCCUUGCAACAAAUUUAUUAACAAUUAUUUAUCUUUGGAUUAAGAACCCAACACUCCACCAAACAGCUUAUGCCGUGCUCAACUUUUGUAUCAUUUAUGAGUCGAUAAUAUUGAGCUGGAAAUAUAUCAGAGAUGCUAAAAUUAGAAAGAAAAUGGAUAGAAUUGCUAUAUUUGGUGUAGGUAUUUUCCUUUUUGGAUACCUUUUGUGGAACUUGGAUAUCCAUUUUUGUGAUGAAGUUAGAUCGAUUAGACAAGGUUGGGGUAUUCCGUAUGGGUUUGUCUUGGAAGGCCAUGGAUGGUGGCACAUCUUUACAGGAACCGGUGUUUAUUUUUCAUUGAUUUAUGAGGAGUAUUUAAGAUGUUUUCUUACUGGUACGGAUCAGUUUUUCACCCUAACGUAUUGUUUGGGAUUUUUACCUGUGGUUACAUGUAUUGAUCCAAAAGGCUUAGAGAGAUACAGGGAAGUUAAGAAGUUGAGAGAGAUGGACGAUGAAGCAACAAAGAAGAUCAAAAAACAGUGA